AUGAACCGCUGGGCGAGACUCUCCGUGCGUGCAGAGGAGGGAGAUGCUGGAUUCGGGAGAAGUCUGUACACGGGGGACGCGGAGAGGACCAGAGCCAAAGGACUGGACCAGAGCUGGACUCACAGCGGGAAAUGCUAUGCACCAGGCCUGAGUCCAGUGAACUCCACUCAAAUGGAAAGGCUCCCUUUGACAGUCUACACCUCUCCUAGAACCUGA